AUGUCUAAUCUUACAAAACUCGAGUUCGUUGCCCUUGAUAUUUCGGGCAAGAACUACCUAUCAUGGGUGCUAGAUGCUAAAAUCCAUCUUGAUGUUAUGGGUCUUCGAGACACCAUUAAAGAAAAUAAUAAAGCAUCCAACCAAGAAAAUGCCAAGGCUAUGAUAUUCUUGCGUCAUCAUCUUGAUGAGGACCUGAAAAUUGAAUAUCUUACUAUUAAGGAUCCACUCGUUUUAUGGAAAAACUUGAAAGAAAGAAUUACUUCUAUAUUGACACUAUGUGGAGAAAAGAUUAGUGAUUUUGAUAAGCUAGAAAAGACGUUCUCCACUUUUCAUGCCUCGAAUGUGCUCCUGCAGCAGCAAUAUCGAGAGAAAGAUUUCACAAAGUAUUGUGAUUUGGUUGCUCAUCUUCUUGUGGCUGAACAAAAUAAUGAUUUGCUGAUGAAAAAUCACGAGAAUCGACCUACUGGCGCUGCACCACUCCCCGAAGUGAAUGGGGGUGCAUCAAUUAAAAGAAAAGAGAAAAAUCCUGAAGCUAAUUUUAUCUCUGAAAAUCAAAUUGACAUCACACACUUGGAUGUAGCAGAUUUCUUUGAGCACCCUGAAGGAAAGAUAGAUCACUUGAUUGGUGAUGGUUCUGUGGUUAGAGAUGAUUGA